UAGGCAAAAAAGUCCACUGCUUUUUUUUUUUUUUUAUCCCGGUUAGUCGAGGUAAUUUGAUUCUGAAUCACAAUGAUCGGAUUUCCUCCAUUGCAAUCCAUGGAAGCUUCUGUUAGGCUCUUCAAUCCCUCUAUUCUCAACCGUCGUCUCGUCUUCGCCAAAACUAGUUCAAUCAAAUUCCCUCCAAAACUUCACAGAAACGACGUCGUCCCUUCUCCCACCGCCCUUUGUCGCGCUCGUAUUUGUUCUUCUUCUUCAUCUUACCCCCUGAAUUCUAACAGCUCCUUUAACCUCUUUCUCUCGCUUUCUUCGUCUCAACAUUUUAAUGACUCACAACUUCCGCACAAUAAUAAUAAUAAAUUUAACCCGUUCUCUCAAUCAAAAGACACCGGUCACAAAUGGCAUCUAGCUCCGACGAAUGUGACCGACGGCGAAAAUCUUCCUCUCCUUGGGGCCGAACAAAGGGCUGUUACGGUGGUGUUGUUAGGUUGGCUUGGAGCUAAACCCAAGCAUUUAAGGAGAUACGUAGAGUGGUACAAUUCGAGAGGAUUUAACGCAGUUACGUUCGUUAUUGAUCCCACUGAGCUGUUAUGGUUCGAUUUAGGGCGUCGGGUGGAUGACCGUAUUUCCCAAUUGGCAAACGAGGCCGUUUCAUGGGUGUUAGAUAAGGAAGAAGAUGGUAGAGAUAGGUGUUUGGUUUUUCACACUUUUAGCAACACUGGUUGGUUUGUCUAUGGUUCCAUUCUUGAUAGUCUGCAGGAUAGGCAGGACGUGAUGGAGAAGAUCAAUGGAGUUAUUGUUGAUUCUGGUGCAGCUGGACCAUUUGAUCCUAAGGUCUGGGCGGCUGGCUUUGCUACUGCUUUGCUGAAGAAACGUAGCUCUUCAGCAAACCCUAUUGUAGAGGUUGGAAAAGUCAAUGGAUUAGAAAGUGAAGUGAGUGCAUCUGAAGUGGAAGAAAAGGAGCCAGGAAUGAUUGAAAUUAUGCUGUUAUCAGCAUUGGAGAAGCUCUUCUCUUUUCUUUUGAAUCUGCCUGAUGUGAAUCAGAGAUUAACAAAAUUUUUGGCUGCCCUCACAAAGAAUCAGCCAUCUUGUCCUCACCUCUACCUUUAUAGCACAGCUGAUAAGGUGAUCCCAUUUAAGUCCGUAGAAAUGCAUAUUGAAGAGCAGAGGAAGAUGGGAAGAAAGGUGUUUUCCUUUAACUUUGGGGUGUCAUCACACGUAGAUCACUUUCGGAGUUUCCCUGGCAAAUAUUUAUCAGAGCUCCAUAAUUUCUUGAAAGAGUGUUUUGCAACUGUAAAGCAGAAGUGAAUCCUGCAAAUGCAGUUCACUGGGUCUAGAAUUUUAGUUAUAAUUUCUUCCACUGCUACUGUGUGGCAUUGAGACAUGUUGGAGUAAGAUCAGGAGGAAAUAUACGUGAAGUAAUUCAGUCAUCUUCCAGUAGUGUUGUUGGAACCACCACCUAAUUUCUUUUGAAAAUGGGAAAUAAAAAUAAAAAAUCUUGCUUAUAUUCUGAAUCA